AUGGAUCAUCUAAUUUCUCCUCUUUCUCCAACACCACCUUCAAACAGGUGGUGGUCAGAAAAAACAACGGCGGUUGUGACCGGAGCAAACAAAGGUAUAGGUUUUGCGGUUGUCAAGAGGUUAUUGGAGCUUGGACUAACCGUCGUCUUAACCGCCCGAAACGAGGAAAAUGGAAGCCACGCCGUCGAUUGUCUCCGCCGCAUUGGUUUUCGAAACGUUCGUUUCUUUUGUCUCGACGUCUCCGAUCCUCCAUCCAUUGCCACCUUCGUCUCCUGGUUCCGUCUCAACUUUGGAGUACUCGACAUUCUGGUGAACAACGCCGCCGUUUCGUUUAACGAGGUCGGCGAUAAUUCAAUCAAAAAGCCAGAGACCACAAUCAAGACCAACUACUACGGUGCUAAGCUUUUAACGGAGGCGCUCUUGCCGUUAUUUAGCCGUUCGGUCUCCGUUAGCCGCAUUCUUAACAUUAGUUCAAGGCUUGGUGCAUUAAACAAACUAAGAAACCCUAGUAUACGACAAACCCUAGAAGAUGAAAGCCUCACCUACGAACAAAUCGACGCGACGGUGAAUCUAUUUCUAGAUGAGGUAAAGAGUGGAAACUGGGAGAAGCAAGGAUGGCCGGAGAAUUGGGCGGACUACGCGGUCUCUAAAAUGGCCUUGAACGCUUACUCUAGAGUUUUGGCUCGACAUAACGACGGCAAGAAACUAAGUGUGAAUUGCUUCUGCCCUGGUUUCACUCGCACGUCUAUGACCGGUGGUCAGGGGACUCACACGGCGGACGAAGCUGCUGCAACCGUCGCCAAGUUGGUGUUGCUUCCUCCGGAGAAUCUGACCUCCGGCAAGUUUUAUAUAUGCUCACAUCAGAAGAAAAUUAUUUCCAAGUUGUGA